AUGGACCAGUUCCACGACGGGCACCACGUGCGGCUGCGGAACCUCGUGCAGCGCACCUACCUCCACGCCGCCGACGACGGGGUGGGCGUCACGCUCCACGAGCGCCGCGCAUCCAUGAACGCGGCGUGGGCGGUGCACAUCUACCACGGCGGAGACGGCGAUGGCGAUGGCGACGGCCAUCGCCUGCUCCUCCACAGCGCCGCCUACGGCCGCUACCUUGCCGCCGGGGCCAGGCCGGCACGGCUCGGCCACAGAGGCCUUCGCGCGGAGCUGAGCGACUACGACCUUCCGGAGGUGGAGGCCAUCAUGUGGCGGGCCGUCGGGUCGGGCUUCGACUUCGAGGACGACGUCGUCCUGCUCCGCCACGUCGGGGGCCGCUACCUCCGCGCCAACGGCAAGUACCUCCCCUGGAACUCCUCCGGCGUCAGCGUCGACGACGACGACGACGCCAGCCCCAUGAUGUACUGGGUCGUCGAGCCCAUCCCCUUCAGAGAGGCGGGCAUGCCUGCCAUUCCUGGCCCGCUUCCGACUCGCCCAAGAUGCCUCUCCGCCAUAUUCGGUUCUCCCGGACGGCGGAUCCUGUUCGUGGGGGCGCUCGAGAACGGGUUCUACCCCGAGGAGGUCGACGGCUGGCGCCUGUUCUUGUUCAAGGAGAGGUCCGUGUUCCGCCUGAGGGACGACCUGGCGUUCCGCGUCGCUGCCGGCGUGGACGACCCGAACAUCGUCAUGUGCGUCCGAGCGGGCCGCUACGGGAGGCUGACCCCUCUCGUCGUCGACCUGCCCCAUGGCAGCUACGGCGAGACCCUCGAGAUUGUCGUCUUCCUGGCCGGGACCCCUGCCUACGAUGCACUGCGAUACCCGGAUGCCGAUGCAUAG